CUUCACAGUACCUUCACCGGUGCAGCUUUUAUGGUUUCCAAUUCCCAGAGUUGGUGUCAUAAAAUUGGUCAACGAGGAAUUAAUUAAAAGGAUUGAUGGCGGUAGCAGGAGGGGGGAAGCUGAGCAGUAGUAGUACUGCUUCUACUCGGUCGCUGCAAGACACACCCACACGGGCGCUGGCCACCGUCUGCUUCGUCUUCAUCUCCGUCUCCAUUUUCAUUGAACACCUCAUCCAUCUCCUCUCCCAUUGGCUGAAGAACCGUCGGAAGACAUCACUGUUUGAAGCCGUGGAGAAGCUUAAAUUAGUGCUGAUGCUGUUUGGGUUCAUGUCACUCAUACUGGCUGUCAAGAGACCCAUUUCCAAACUUUGCAUACCCAACAAGGUGGCAUCCACCAUGCUUCCUUGCCGCACCCGCUUACUCCAAUCCCAUACCACCAAAGCAUUACCACUUCUGCGACAUCAUGACGAUGAUGAUCAGGACUACUACACAAGGACCAACCAAUACCAGUUCCAUCAUUUAACUUGUCCCUCCUCCAUGGAAGGACAAUUGGCCAGUGCUACUAUUGCUGACACCAGUAGCAACAAAGCCUCUGCAAAUUACUGUGCUUCCAAAGUUCGUCCAUACCCUUGCUUCUUUAAUAUAAUUAAUUAUUUAAUGAUCAGCAGAUAG